CUUAGUCCGCAUUUAUCGCUCCACAGGUGCUAAAGUCACUGACACCAGGGAAAGCUCCUCCACCAAGUACAUCAUCAAAUUGUUCUGUGUUGUUUCCCAUUCUCCAUUGGCAUCGUAAAUCACCAAAGAAUUUCUUGCUUCCCCCAAAAAAGCCACACACACAUCAUUUGGAAAAUUUUAACAUUACAAGAAAAGGGAACGAUGGUGAAUUCAACGAUCCUGCCUGCAUUUCUCAUCCUGGCCAUUGUCUUGUCAGUGAGUCGCUGUGAAUCGAGUCAAGAUGACUUUCAGGCCAGCGACAUGAAGAGCGAAGCAAUUAAAAGGCCAUUCUUUGUGGGAAGUCGCUAUGGAAGAUCCCAAUACUACGGCCCCAAAGCAUUGCGACAAGUCAAUGUAGCACCACGGAAUGACCGCUUCUUUCUCGGCUCGAGAUACGGAAAACGCUCCCAGGAACUCAUGACGACUCUCUCUGACCAGAACUUCUCAACGGCCUCCAACGAUGCUUGGCUCAUGUGCAUCUACACAGGAGUAUCGAAUCUCUACAGAUGCAACGGGAGUGAGAACAGCAGCCCCAGUGAUACAGGCGCUGAGUAAAAGGAGCAACUAGGACUUAAUGAAGGCGGACAAGAGAGGGCGAGACACAGGGAGCAACCCGCAAGAGAUUUAAUUUAAUAACAUAUUAAUUUAAUUACUAAAUAUGCAGAUACGUACACCCAUGUAAAGUUCUCAUGUUAGUUGGGAGUAAAAGAAUAUGUAAUAAAA